AUGCUGAGGAGAAAAUUGCUUGGAUUAAUAACGCUAUCAGAAAAGGAUUUACAGGCUGAUAUUUUUCUAGCAGCUCAAAUCCAUGGAGCAAUGAUUAAAUUCCAGAUUGAUGUGGAACCGUACCCAACUCUUGCAAAGUGUUACGUUUCAUACAAGGAACUGUCUGUGUUUGAAGAUGCAGUCCCAUCGAAGCAGCCAGAUGCUCCAGCUCCAACCAUCUGA